CAGGUACCAAAAAGCUAAAGCUCGGUGAGCUUGGCCUCCUGGCAUCCAUGCGAGAUCUGUUUCUACACGCACAAAAGAUGAGGAUGCCUGCAGUCCUCGUACUCGAGGACGAUGCUCUGCUUCACAAGCAGUUCGGCGACAAACUGAAAGAGCUCUUGUCAACGAGCGCGCGGUGCUCCAACUACCUACGAGGAAACAGUAGUGGUGGCGUGUUGUUGCUCGGGGCAACAGAAUGGUCCCUCGAUGCUUGGAACUGGAUUCGAGACGAAGUCGACACGAGGGUAUACGACGCAUCGGCAGCCCGCUGCUACAAUGCAAAUCUACACACGUGUGGCACUUUCGCCACAAUGUAUCACCGAGACACUUAUGAAAGUAUACUGCGGUGGAUAAGCGUUCAGCUUUCGAGUCGAAAAGAGCCGUACGAUCACGUGUAUCAACAUCUAGCGGCCAACGGGACUAUCGUGAGAGUAGCUUACCCGUACCUGGCGGUUGCAGACGUCGGCCAUGCUAGCGCGGUAGAUCCAGGAAGAAGCCAAGACGUCGUCGACCGAAGUCUUCGACACGAAUGGAACCUGUCUUUGUAUCACGAGCCUGUGCAGGACCUCGUAUUUUAACACCGCUCUUGUGCUUGGAGACGACGUAGGAUAGCAGUUCCUUGUAUCAUAUGCUGCCUGCUUUUACUCAGUCGGAUAUCUGUAUCGGACGGUUAGUUAGCAGAUUAGAAAUCACCGUCGCUGCUUGGCGUCUUCGUGAAUUAAGGCCAGGGAAUCAGUCCGAAUGUUGACAAUCGUGGUG